UUAUAGUGAUCUCAGCUAAAGAAGAACAAAAGAAAUGGAUAGAGCUUACUAUAAUCGAUGGGCUGAUAAUGACUACGAGCAGUUACCAGAGUCCUGUUGUCUUGGACCGACCGAUGGAUCUCAAAGCAGUCUCAGUGGAUCCUACUCUUCCGAAAAUGUUGAACUCCAAGAGUCCUCCAAGUUUGAAAUGAACCGAUACUAUGGAUUAACCGAAGUUGACUCCAGUCUACAAGACGCCAUAGUGCGGAUGGAUUAUGUGCAAAGUGUGCUCAAUAAAAUAACGCUUACAAAUAAGAGUGCUGAAUUCUGUCAACUAUUAGAGGAUUUCUUACAUAACGUUGAAGGAAUGCGAAUAAAGCUCCAAACUAUACUUUCGCCAUUUGCAAAUCUGGAACAAUUUUCGACAGACCUUCUUCCAAUGACUGAUACCAAUUACAGCACAGGUAUCCCAUGCGCCACAUCAUACGCGCACAAACAGUUUCAGUUUAAAAAGUUGUUUGGUGAAUUCACUAUCUCCAAGAAUAAGGAAGUUGAAUAUUUUAAACAGAUCUUGGAACCCGAUAAUUCGUCAAUCUGUUUCAGCAAAUUCUACAGCAUCAUCCGCAUCUGA